AUGCCUAAGACCUCCAAGGGCGCGUCGGAGGGCAGCCUGCAGGCUCAGCAGCUGCCUGCAGACCCAUGGGCUGCGAGUGCACAAGGCGGCAGCCAGCAGCGCCAGACCCCGUCUCCUGCCGCGGCCCCAGCGGCGGCGGCUGCGCAGCGUGCUCGCGUGGGGCCGCCGCCGCCACCGGCGGCGGCCAGGAAGCAGCCCAAGAAGCAGCGGGCGCCAGACUUCAGCAAGAUGCCGCACGGCAUGGCGCUGCACAAGAAGGACCUGGACAGGACCACCCAGCAGGCCGUGGCGCGUCUCACCCAUCUCUUCCCCAAGCUGCCAGAGGAGCUGCUGGGGUGGCUGUUCCACCGCCUGGUGGCCAGCUUUGCCCAUGACGCAGACGCAGAUUUGUUGCGGCAUGGCGGCGGCAGCGUGCUGGACCCCCUAGAGAUUCCAAUCGCCAACGCCGUGGCCGUGUGCAACACAAUCACCUAUGCGCCGCCGCGCCAGGUGGUUGACGCGGCCGCGCCGCUGCUCGCUGACCUCUGCCGCCGCUUCCUGGCCGGCACCGACGUGCUGGCCCCUGUGGAGCGCCCGCUAGUGGCAGCCACCGACGAGAAGAUUUCCAAGCACAUACCGCUGUGGACGGUGGCGCAUGGUGUUGCCGCGGUGGAGGCGCAGGCUCUCAAGCUGGCUUUGGAGCCAGGCAUCGCGGCUCCCGAGCUGCCGGCCGCGGGAGGAGACGGCAACGGGGCGGCGCUGCCGCCGCCGCCGCCCCCCGCGGUGCGCGGCAGCGUGCUGGACCUGCCUGAGCGCCUGCGCCCGCUGUUCCGCGGCGGGGCGAGCGGCGGGCUGCUGGAGCGGCUGCUGCGGGAUGCGCUGGGCAGCCUGCCCACCGCCACCGCCCUGGCGGCGCCGAGCGCUCGGCAGGGCACAGCGCAGCUGCCGCUGUCUGUGUCACCAGACAUCGACUUCGGGACCGUCUGCGUAUCGUGCCUGCCAGCGGGGGCGCUGGUGGAGGCCGCGGAAGCCGCCGCCUCGGCGCUGCCGCAGGCUGCUGGGCAGGCAGCAAAGGCGGCAGGGGCUGGAGCAGGCAGCCUGCUGGACCUACUGCACCUCAGUGCGCCUUCCGCUGGCCGGCCCGCCUCGGCUGGGGCGGGCCUCGCUCGCGCAGGCGGCGCUGGCGGCAAUGGCAGCAGCAGCAGCACCGCCCCGGUGCUGCACUUCAGGCAGCUGGUUGUGGAGAACACCGGCAGCAGCGAGGAGGUGUGGCUGCUGGGCGGCAUCGCCGCGCCCUCCUUCCCCUACACUCUGGCUGCCAUCGACGAUGCCCGCCUGUUUUGGCUGGACGGGCACAAGGCCGUGCGGCUGGACCCCCAGCAGCAGCACACCAUCAGCGUCGCGCUCAGCUCUGCAGACUGCGCCGCUCGGCGGCAGGAGAAGGGCAUCCUGCAGCAGCUGCUGCUGCUCGUGUUUGCCACGCCCCUGCACAGCCGCACCGCCCAGGCGCUGGCCUGCAUCCCAGGAGCGCCUGUGGCAGAUGUGUCGGCAGCAGAGGCAGGAGAGCAUGCGGCGGCUGGGGUGGCUGGAGAGACGGACCACCUCAAGCGGCUGUUUGAUGAACCUCCCGGACCCCACCCUCCCGCGUUCCUGGGCGAGCUGCCCAUCUCGGCGAGGCGCAUGCUGGCCUGCGGCCGCUGCGACGCCCCCGGCAGGAUGCCCGAGCUGGUGCCGGCCCACUCGCAGAAGGGGCGGGCGCUGGUGCAUGCCUGCCAGCUGUCGGAGGGCAGGCCGCUGGCGGCGGUACCGCCGCUGCUGCAGCGGUGCAGCAGGCUGCUGUCGGUGGAGGAGGGGUGUCUGGAGCAGGACAUCUGCAGGUGCGACAUGUGGCACGUGCGCCUGCGCCUGGCGGUGUUUUCAGGCAGCACCAAUCGGUACCACAUGGUCAGCCUGGCGCCGACAGGUGCCAGCGGUGCCGCCGUCGAACCGAAGCCGGACCAGCGGCGCCCCAGCAGCCUGUACAGGGGCCCCUCCUUGGAGCUGCUGCAGCCUGGCGGCGUGAGGGGAGCGCACUCCGAGUAUGUGCUGGGCGUGCUCGACGUGCCCGGGCUGCCGGAAGGCCGCCCCUCCCUUCACCUGAACGACACAGUUUACCUGCGCACCGCGCACUACCCGCAGCGCGAGAUCGCCUGCCUGGUGGCCGCCACCGAGGGCUCCACCUGCUUCCUGCUGCUGCCGGCAGCCUUCUGGGCGCUUCCGGAUGUGGCGCCGCUGGUGCCGCAGCUGCGGACUACGGUCACCUUUGGGCUGUCGGGGCUGUUUGACGGCCUGGUGCAUGUGCGGCUCAGCUUUGACCGGCUGUCCUUCCGCCGCAUGCAGCGCGCUCUGUGCGACGUGGUGGAGCGGCAGCACGCGUGCUGGAUCCCGCCUGGCGACGCCCAGCCGCAGCCGCAGGCAGGCGCUGGCGCCAGCGGCCGGGAGGCGGCGCGCGCCGCUCAGGAGCAGCAGGACCGGCAGGACCGGCUCCUGCUGCAGCCCACCGCAGACGAGGUGGCUGCCACAGUGGCGGGCUUGCAGGAGUGCGGCGGGCAGGCGCUGAACGCGGAGCAGCGGCAGGCCAUCGCCGCGGUUCUGUGUGGCGCAGGGCGGGCGCAUCCUUACUCUCUCUUCGGCCCGCCAGGUACCGGCAAGACGGUGACGCUUGUGGAGUGCACUCUGCAGCUGCUGAGGGCUUACCCUGACGCCCGCCUGCUGAACUACUCAGCAGAUCUCCUGUGCAGCGCACUGGCCGCGGCGGGCCUGCACCAGGGAGACAUGCUGCGGGUGAACGACCCGCGCAGGCCGCCUUUCACGGUGAAAGAGGACGUCCUGGCAUUCUGCCAGUACAGCGAGGCCUCCCGCAUGUUCACCGUGCCUUACGACGCGCUGCUGCCGGAGGCGCUCAUCCCUUUGUCGCUGCUGAAGCCGCGCACGGCUGGCGGCGAGGCUGGCGCGGGGUGGGGCGCUGUGCUGUGCGGUGACCCUCGCCAGCUUGGCCCUGUAGUGCGCUCCCAGAUGGCGGCUGGCGCGGGGCUGGCCACCAGCCUGCUGGAGAUCUGCAUCGGCCACCACUCAGCUGCCGCCUAUGACGUGAUGAAGUUGGGCCGCGUGCCGGCCACCAGCAUGCUCGUUCGCAACUACCGCUCCCACCGCCGCCUGUUGGACCUUCCCAGCAAGCUGUUCUAUGCCGCGCAGCUGCAAGCCGCGGCCGACCCGCGCUCAGUGCUGCCGCCUCGCUGGCGAGAGCUGGAGCCAGAGGAGGGCGCCUGGCGGGGCAGCGAGGCCGGCUCAGGCGGUCCCGCUGAAGGGGCAGAGCAGCAGGCUGGGGAGCAGGGGCAGCAGGCGCACGAGGACGAGGCGGCGGCGGCGGCAGGGAACACAAAGGCCUCGGAAGAUCAGGCGGCGCAGGAGGAGGAGGAAGAGGAGGGGACCGCAGCACAGUAUGAUGAAGGGCAGUACCAGGCUGCAGCAGACAAGGAGGAGGAGGAGGAGGAGGGGGAGGGGCCUGCGGAGGCCGCCGUUGCCAGCCUGCUCUUCUACGGCGUGCGGGGGCAGCAGAUGCGGGAGGGGGAUGCCCCCAGCUACUUCAACCCCCUUGAGGCCUCCACCGUUGUGCAGCUGGUCAGCGGGCUGCUGGGCAGCGGCGCGGGGGUGCUGCCUGACCACAUCGGCGUGAUGGCCACGUACCGCAAGCAGCUUCAGGUCCAGAAGAUCCGGCUGCUGCUUCGCUCCCACGGGCUGGGGGCUGUACGCGUGGGCACGGUGGAUGACUAUCAGGGCCAGGAGGAGCGGGUGGUCUUCAUCUCCACAGUGCUGAGCAAGCCCGAAUCCCUGCCGCCCGCUUCUGGCACCACGUCCGCCGCUCCUGGCGCGGCGGCAGCCGCCGGAGGCGACGUGCACCUGGGCUUCUGGCGCAACCCCAAGCGCUUCAAUGUGGCCAUCACCCGGGCCAAGGCGCUGCUGGUGGUGGUGGGGCACCCCGCGGUGCUGCUGGAGGAUGCCAGCUGGAGGGAGCUGCUCAGGUACUGCUUCUCUCAAGGGGCGUACCGCGGCGCCGGCGCCGACUCGCUGCGCCAGCGCUUCCGGGUGGAUGUGGGCGCCGCUGCGGGCGCGCUGCCGGAGCUGCCGCAAGGGGAAGAAGGCGAGCAGGGCGCGCCAGCCGAGGCUGACGACGCCGAGCUGCAGCGCGCCAUCGGCCAGCUGGCGGAGCUGGCGCUGCUGGGAGCGGGCCACGCGGAUGCGCUCUUCCCUGCCUCCCUCGACGAAAUGUACGCGGCCGCGAUGGACGAGGCCCCUUUCCGAGUGGUGCUGUGA